UGUGCGGAGACAUCCAUGGCCAGUUCUUCGACCUGAUGAAGUUAUUUGAAGUGGGAGGCUCUCCUGCCAACACGCGCUACCUCUUCCUAGGGGACUAUGUAGACAGGGGCUACUUCAGUAUUGAGUGCGUGCUCUACCUUUGGUCAUUGAAAAUCCUCUACCCAAAGACCCUCUUUCUUCUACGGGGAAACCAUGAAUGUAGACAUCUGACAGAAUAUUUUACCUUCAAACAAGAAUGUAAGAUCAAGUACUCAGAACAGGUGUAUGACUCCUGCAUGGAGGCGUUUGAUUGCCUGCCGCUGGCAGCGCUGAUGAACCAGCAGUUCUUGUGUGUCCACGGGGGGCUGUCGCCGGAAAUCCACACACUGGAUGACAUUAAGAAGUUGGACCGCUUCAAGGAGCCCCCGGCGUUUGGGCCCAUGUGCGACCUGUUGUGGUCCGACCCCCUGGAGGACUUUGGCAACGAGAAGACCCAGGAGUAUUUUGGGCACAACACAGUCAGAGGAUGCUCCUAUUUCUACAGUUAUCCAGCAGUGUGCGAGUUCUUACAGACCAACAACCUGUUGUCAAUCAUCAGAGCGCACGAGGCACAGGAUGCUGGAUACCGCAUGUACAGAAAAAGUCAGACGACAGGCUUCCCCUCCCUCAUCACCAUCUUCUCUGCUCCUAACUACCUGGAUGUCUACAACAACAAAGCGGCGGUGUUGAAGUAUGAGAACAAUGUGAUGAAUAUCCGACAGUUCAACUGCUCUCCACAUCCCUACUGGCUGCCCAACUUCAUGGAUGUCUUCACGUGGUCACUGCCUUUCGUAGGAGAAAAAGUGACUGAAAUGUUGGUCAACGUCCUGAGUAUCUGCUCUGACGAUGAGCUCAUGAACGAUGGAGAUGAGAUUUACGAUGCCAGUGCAGCAGCUGCGAGGAAAGAAGUGAUCAAAAAUAAGAUCCGUGCCAUUGGAAAGAUGGCCAAAAUGUUCUCUGUCCUACGAGAGGAGAGUGAGAAUGUCUUGACCCUGAAAGGUCUGACUCCUACAGGCAUGUUGCCCAGCGGAGUGCUGUCUGGGGGCAAACAGACCCUGCAGAGCGCCACCAUUGAGGCCAUAGAAGCUAUCGAAACAGUUAAGGACGCUGAAGCCAUCCGAGGCUUCUCCCCGCAGCAUCGGAUCAGCAGUUUUGAGGAGGCCAAAGGUCUGGACCGCAUCAACGAAAGGAUGCCGCCGCGGCGCGAUGCUGUCAACAGCGUGGGCCUGUCGAUGGGCCGCAUGAACAUGGGCGAACCCAACGGAACCGACAACAACAGCAAUAUCCAGUGAUCGACAUGAACAUCCUCCCACUGCCCAGACACAUGCCUGCAGUUACAACAACAAUACCUUAUUUAUCCAUACGUGUACAUAGGCAUAUUUACACAGGAACAGCAGACAACAGGACACACACAUGCAUACCCCCCGCCCCGUUGCCCUCAGCUGUUAUUUAAAGGCAUGAGCGUAGCCGGACUGUCCGGCUGAGUCUCUGUACUGAAACUACAACUCCCCUGUACCUGCACAACAACAGGAGAGAAAACCCUCCCCACCCCAAACACGGGGCUGAGUGGUGGGUUGCUGGUGAGAGUAUGACACAACUGUAUUGGAGGUGUGUUGUUUGGGCAGAGCAAGAAGCGUUUUUCUUUCUCCUGUUAGAGUCCCGGGACAGGGAGCGAAGCUGAGCUGUGGAGAUGCCUGCCUGUGCGUGUGCCUGUACGUGAGGUUAGAUAUUUGAAGAAGUGUUUUUUUUUUUGUUUUGAUUUUGUUUGUUUGUUUGUA